GCCAUUUUCUGGUCGGGUGAGAGAGGGACAACUUGCGCCGAGCUGUCAUCUUCCCAGUUAGCCUUUUUUUUUUUAAAACGCUCCCCCUGUUCUUCCACGGGCCUUCCAUGCCAGGAUUAAGAUCCCGUUGAGGUUAUCAUGGCGUGUCUGAACACCCUCAAGCAGGAAAUACGGGUAUUGGAGAACUCUUUCCCCAAAACAGACGAUCUGUUCCAAGUGGUGGCCGCCAGUGUUGACGAACUAACCUGUCGAUUUAUUUCCAAAACGGGCAAGAAAUAUGACAUUCACGCCAACAUCACAGAAACUUACCCACACUCCCCUCCAGUCUGGUUUGCUGAGACUGAAGACACAAAUGUUACAAAUGCUAUUGAACGGCUCAGUAACACGAGUGGUAGAGAUAAUCACGUGUUACAGCAGGUGAAGCUUCUACUGCGAGAGUUAUGUGCAGCCUAUGGAAUGGAGGAACCGCCCGAUUUGGAGGACAGACUUGAUUUAGUGUCAGUACCUCAGGUCAUCAAUGGCAGCGAUGUUAUUGAUCACCAUGAGGAAUAUGAAGACUCUGAAAUGGAAGAGGAGGAGGAGGAUAUGGAGGAAGAUAUCCACUUGGAAAUGGAGGACAACUCUUCGUCACACGCCGCUCAGAAGGAUGAAGGUAUUGACCCGGGUAAUUUAGCCACGCUGGACCGACUGAAGGCAAACCAGAGGCAAGAUUAUCUUCGGGGGUCCAUCUCUGGUAGUGUGCAGGCCACCGAUAGACUCAUGAAGGAGCUCAGGGACAUUUAUCGCUCGGAUAGCUUCAAGAAAGGAGUGUACAGUGUGGAAUUAGUAAAUGACAGUCUAUACGAGUGGAACGUGAAGCUUCUGAUUGUGGACUCGGACUCGCCGCUCCACAAUGACAUGGUGCUGCUCAAGGAGAAAGAAGGAACAGAUCAUAUUCUCUUCAAUUUCCACUUCAAGGAGAUGUACCCCUUCGAGCCACCAUUUGUUCGCGUUGUCCAUCCAGUCAUCAGCGGGGGAUACGUGCUGGUUGGAGGUGCCAUCUGUAUGGAACUACUCACUAAACAGGGGUGGAGUUCUGCGUACACAAUAGAAGCUGUGAUAAUGCAAAUUGCAGCAACAUUGGUUAAGGGAAAAGCAAGAAUCCAGUUUGGGGCAAACAAGGCUGGCAAAGUUAGUGGUCAGUACAGUUUGGCCCGGGCACAACAGUCAUUCAAAUCACUUGUACAGAUUCAUGAAAAAAAUGGAUGGUUCACACCACCGAAAGAGGAUGGGUAAGGGAGGUGUUACAGCAACUGGUGUCCCCCCCCCCCCCGUACCCCCUCACCCCAUUCCCAGCUCCCAGUCCCUCCUUCCCACCGGCUGCUUGUGCAGUCUCUUCCACCACCUCCACCUCUUCUCGACUUCAUCUCCACUUCCUCAUGGUAACUCAUCUCCGCAUCAACACCUUGAAGCUGAAGCUUUUUCUCAUUGUGCAGUGUGGCAAGAUCGACAUAGUGUGAAGUUCGUACUGGCGUGGAUUGAAGGAUUAAGAGAAUGGGCAUCGGAAAUAAUUUUCAGUCAAUUUUUCUUGGUGAGCCAUGCUUACCUAUAUUUUUCCAAGAAUAUUUGGCAAUUGAGAACUUUGUUAGGUCCAGCAGCUGAGCCUUAGGGGCAUGCAGGUUCAUUAUAAACCACCUACCUUAUGCCUGUGGCUUUCACAUUACACUUAAUGGCAUCUAUGAAGCAUGGUACCACCUAUGGACUAGUGUUUGCUAGUUACCUCUUGACCAAGGACAUUUAGUAUAGUUAUGUUUUUAAAUGGGAAAAUUUGUGGUUGGUCUGUGAUAAAUAGAAUUUUUUGCUUAUUUCAUUCAUUUAAUGAUCCAUUUAUAUGUUUGACAUUUACAACCAUAUUGCAUAACUACUUGAAAAUGGUUCUGGCAGAGUGAGUUUGUGUUUAAAGCUGUUGUGAACACUAGAGCAAGCUUGAGUUUAACGUCUUUCUGGUAAGUUUGUUGCUAGUACUAGUGUUAGGUGCGAAUGUAAGAGUGUUUUACAAUUCAUGUAAUUUUAAAAUAGUUUGUCCAUUUUCUUUCAUAUAUCAUUCAUGAAUAUUUGCGACAGCCAUUUUAUCAUUACAUUUGGUCUUCGUCAUUUGUAACUAUCUCGUGACAAUGGGACUUUUUAAUAUCAAUAACAUUAAUUUGUGUAAUAUAUCAGUCUUCAUUUAGUUGUCUUCUUUGGGUAGGAUCAUUGGAAAUUAGAGCUGUGGAGAUUGGUCAAAAAACGAUGUAUCAGAGGUGCUCGAGAACCGAAUUAACUAUGCUUGCUUAACUAUAUCUGCGGGGAGUGAGAUCUAGCUCUUGACACGUCAGUCACGGCUGUUGUCUUGGGAAGGGUGAGAAGCAUCAACUGCACUGAUAAAGUAGCUGUAAGGAGGAGGUGCUCUAGAAUUGGAUCUCUCUUACUGAAGACAAGUUAGGUAAUCAGUGAUGCAAACUGUGCCAGGACAGGUUGGACCUUCACUUCAAGAUGUGUUCUAUCAAACAGACCAACUUGGUAUAACCUUGUAACCAUAUUUUGGCUGUAUUUUUUGUUUGGCUGAAACUUUUGUUCUCAUGUUCUUGUUCUGUUUUGACUGUGUGUAUUAUAGAAAAGAUUAUACUGUAGGUAGUAAGCUGUAGCCAAGAUGUGGCAAUAAAUGAUCAUUACCAUGAUUUACAAUUUUUUUUCAUUUGUGCAUAUAUAGAAAAUUAUAAAUACUGCCAAGAUAGGGUUAUAUGUGUGUGUGUACACAAGUUUUCUGGCUAGUAGUCAUCUCAGAGUGAAGGUCCUCUUUCCUGAUGGCCUGUGUGAGAAAAAUCAUUGCGAUUCUCAUCUGAUGUUCAUUAGUAGUAAUGUUGCUGUGCACGACGUUCGGUAGUCUCGGGUUAGCUGCGUAGCUCGGAAGAAUGAACUCGCCGAAGCUCAUCUUGUGACGUGUUUUAAUGAACUUUGAGGAUUUCGCAGUAACCACGGACAAGACUGUUGUAUAUUAUACAGUGUCUCUUGGGUGGUAGAAAGAGUGCCAGGAUUGGGUGGUAAUUGUGGGAGAGAGAGAGAGAUUAUCAAACCAAUGACUACUGUUUAAGCAAGUAAUUUUAAAAAGUUCAAAGAUUUGUUUAAAUUUUUUCAUGUUUAAAAAGCAAAGUAAAAAAAGUUUGCAAGCACCCAUUUAAAUUUGCAAUUUUGUUAAAAGGCAUCAAAAUAAUUAUUGUUUAAUUCAAAUUGGUGAAGCGUGCCAUCAUUUUCAAGUUUGGUUUACUGUUUAAUACUUCUCUGCAUCAGUAACUGAGAAUAGGACACCUCUGUGGUAUUACCUAAAGUUACAGAAGUAUGAAUAAGGUAAAAAGUAAUUAACAUCAGUAUGAUGCUUCAACAUAUAAUGAAGACAUGAGAUUUCAGUUAUAACAAUUUAUUUUAUAAUUUCCCUCCCCCCUCUCCCCUGACCAGUUACAUGAUUUUUAACAUAUACAAAUGCUAUCAAUUCUGAAUGACAUCCAUCUGCUUGGUCGAAAUCACUGCACCGACUUAAAAAUACCCAAGGUUUUCAUCUCAAUUGCUACCAAAUUGUUAGUAUUAAUUAUUUUGUCGCUUGUUUUCCCUACCUUCAGAAAAAAAGAAUGUCCAUACAGUAGUGUAAAUUAUAUUUUUUAAAUCCAUUGAAUAGCAGAUGUAUUUAUAGUUUUAGCCAGGAUUGGUCAAUGCAAGGCUGUCAUUUUUGUACACCAAAUGUGUAUGGGUUGCCCUCAGAGUUGUGUAUUGGUGGUGCAAUCUCUCUUGGACAGAAGUCAUCUCGUGUGGAAGGGAGCAUAAAGUUAGACUGAAAUGUGUCCUUCUCUUCAGGAUGUCCAUUUUCUGCAAUGUUUAAAAGGAAUCUCCUUUAUUGGCAUCUUAAAAGAUUAGGAUUUUUGUAACCCACAUUCUGUGGGGAAGUGGGACAUUACUUCCAUUUUAUUCAGUAUGGAUAAGUGUUAGGUCAUAAUAAUAAUAAUAAUAAUAAAAUGAUUCCUAAUUAAGAUAUUUUAAAAUGUUUAUUAAUAAACAUUAAAAGUGGUCCCAAGUCUUGCAUGCAAAUACCUAGACAACUUUGAUGUUGUGUAUCAGAGGCAGGAGUUGUGUGGUAGUGCAGUCACUCGAGGAAUGCUGGCGUAGUACGUAGACCCUCUGAAAACGCUUCAAUUGUUGACGGUAUUUGAAGUAUUAAGGAACACGUCUAAAACUGUAGCAUGCGUGAGGAUCCAGCAAUGUUGGAUGUCAUGGA